CUCUGGUCGGGUGUCUCCUGGAGGACAAAGGCAUCGAACUACUCUGUCUUACAGCUCAAUGAUCCGACCUGCAGAGGUCAGAUGGACCAGCAGACCCACAUGGUGACCUUCAGCUUCAACAGCACCGACCUCUGUGGGACUGAGGUCACGACCAACAACAGCAAACCAUCUACAAGAACACCAUCAUGAACACAGAACCUCUUCCUCUGGAGGAAUCACUCGCCAAAGACCAGGUCUACAUCGGGUUUCCUGCGUUGAGACCCAGCCGGACAUACAGACGGUGGCUUUCAGGAUCAAAGACAGCUCUGGGUUCAGUUCAUCUCAUCGGACCUUGGAAUUACUCUCUGACCAUGAACGCCUACACCGACGCCCACCGAACUCAAGCUGUGGCCUCAAACACCGAAGUUCGCCUGAACCAGAAGAUCUGGGUGGAGCUGGACGCCGACGGCCUGGAUGAAAGCCUGGUUGCCGUGGUGAUGGACUCCUGCUGGGCGACGGACCAGGAAUCGGCCAGCGCUAGCCGUAAACAUUACCUGAUCGAGAACGGUUGUCCAAACCCUGACGACCAGACGGUGAGCGUGGAGGCAAACGAGGGAACCUCCAACUCCUUCUCCUUCAACAUGUUCCAGUUCACUGGGAGCUCAGCUCAGGUCUACCUGCACUGCAAACUGCAGCUCUGCAUCAAACAGGAGAACACCUGCGUCAAGGUGCAGCUUCUCUGAAUCUCACUCAACUUCAGCUU